CCGCUCCGGGCUCCGCCUCCGGGUUUAUUGAUCUCCGCUAGCCCACCACCCACUUGCGGCCUCCAUGUAUAAAGCCGCCUCCGCCCGCCUCCUCCUCAGAUCCCUCUCCUCCGCCUCCUCCGUGCCCGGCAAGUCGCGCCUCGCCCCCUCCGCCCGCGCCGCUCUCUCGCGCCCCUGCGCCGCGUGGGUCGGCCGCGCCGGGCUCGCGCGCGCCGCCGGGACCGGGCCGCGCUUCGCCGGAGCCAGGGGGCAGAUCGGGGCCGCCGUGCCCGCCGUCGAGCGGUUCCAGCGCAGGAUGGCCACCCAAGCAACUGAGCACACCUUCAAGAAUAUUCUGACCAGCCUCCCCAAGCCUGGAGGUGGUGAAUAUGGAAAGUUCUACAGCCUUCCUGCACUAAAUGAUCCAAGGAUUGAUAAACUGCCCUACUCCAUCCGUAUUCUUCUCGAGUCAGCUAUCCGCAACUGUGAUAACUUCCAAGUUACCACGAAUGAUGUUGAGAAAAUCAUUGAUUGGGAAAACACAUCUCCAAAGUUGGCUGAGAUACCAUUCAAGCCAGCACGUGUUCUUCUUCAGGACUUCACUGGAGUUCCAGCAGUUGUUGAUCUUGCAGCUAUGCGUGAUGCGAUGGCCAAGUUGGGAAGUGAUGCCAACAAGAUCAACCCAUUGGUCCCAGUGGAUCUUGUUAUUGAUCACUCAGUGCAAGUGGAUGUAGCAAGGUCGCCGAAUGCUGUACAAGCAAACAUGGAAUUGGAAUUUAGUCGCAACAAAGAAAGAUUUGGUUUCCUUAAAUGGGGCUCUAGUGCUUUCCAAAAUAUGCUUGUUGUUCCCCCUGGUUCUGGUAUUGUGCACCAGGUCAACCUUGAAUAUCUUGGCCGAGUCGUUUUCAACACAGAUGGCAUUCUCUAUCCUGACAGCGUAGUUGGUACUGAUUCACACACCACAAUGAUUGAUGGUUUGGGUGUCGCUGGUUGGGGUGUUGGGGGUAUUGAAGCUGAGGCUACAAUGCUUGGUCAGCCAAUGAGCAUGGUUUUGCCUGGUGUGGUUGGCUUCAAGUUGACUGGAAAGUUACGGAAUGGUGUCACGGCUACGGACCUUGUUCUUACAGUGACACAAAUGCUAAGGAAACAUGGUGUUGUUGGCAAGUUUGUUGAAUUCUAUGGUGAAGGUAUGGGUAAGCUGUCUUUAGCUGACAGGGCCACAAUUGCAAACAUGUCACCAGAAUAUGGAGCUACCAUGGGCUUCUUUCCUGUGGACCAUGUGACAUUGGACUACCUUAAACUGACAGGCCGUAGCAAUGAAACUGUGUCGAUGAUUGAAGCAUAUCUGCGAGCCAACAAGAUGUUUGUGGACUACAGUGAGCCUCAAACAGAACGAGUUUACUCCUCUUAUCUUGAGCUGGACCUUGAUGAGGUGGAGCCUAGCAUGUCUGGCCCAAAGAGGCCUCAUGACCGUGUCCCUUUGAAGGAUAUGAAAUCAGAUUGGCAUGCUUGCCUGGACAACAGAGUUGGAUUCAAGGGUUUUGCAGUGCCAAAGGAGCAGCAGGAUAAGGUUGUCAAAUUUGACUUCCAUGGGCAGCCAGCGGAAAUCAAGCAUGGUAGUGUUGUUAUAGCAGCAAUAACUAGCUGCACAAACACCUCAAAUCCUAGCGUUAUGCUUGGUGCUGGCCUUGUAGCCAAGAAAGCCUGCGAGUUGGGUCUUGAGGUGAAACCAUGGGUGAAGACUAGCCUUGCCCCCGGAUCAGGAGUUGUCACGAAGUACUUGCUUCAGAGUGGUCUUCAAGAGUACUUGAACCAGCAAGGAUUUCAUAUUGUUGGCUAUGGAUGUACCACUUGCAUUGGAAAUUCUGGUGAUCUUGAUGAGUCUGUAUCAGCUGCUAUUACAGAAAAUGAUGUUGUUGCUGCUGCUGUUUUGUCGGGCAACCGGAACUUUGAGGGUCGUGUGCACCCUCUGACUCGGGCUAACUACCUUGCUUCGCCACCUCUUGUUGUUGCUUAUGCACUUGCUGGCACUGUUGACAUUGAUUUUGAGAAAGAGCCCAUUGGAAUUGGAAAAGAUGGCAAGGAAGUCUACUUCAGGGAUAUAUGGCCCUCAACUGAAGAAAUUGCACAGGUUGUCCAAUCUAGUGUGCUGCCUGACAUGUUCAAGGGCACCUAUGAGGCUAUCACAAAAGGCAACCCAAUGUGGAACCAGCUAACUGUCCCUGAAGCGUCGCUCUACUCAUGGGAUCCAAAAUCCACUUACAUUCAUGAGCCCCCGUACUUUAAGGACAUGACCAUGUCCCCACCUGGUCCCUUUGCAGUGAAGGAUGCCUACUGCUUACUGAACUUCGGGGACAGCAUUACGACAGAUCAUAUUUCACCUGCUGGAAGCAUACACAAAGACAGUCCUGCUGCUAAGUAUUUGAUGGAGCGUGGUGUGGACAGGAAGGACUUCAACUCAUACGGUAGCCGCCGUGGUAACGAUGAAGUAAUGGCAAGAGGAACAUUUGCAAACAUUAGGAUCGUGAACAAGUUCUUGAAUGGAGAAGUUGGACCCAAGACCAUUCAUGUUCCUACUGGGGAGAAGCUUUAUGUUUUUGAUGCAGCCAUGAGAUACAAAUCUGAGGGCCUUGCCACCAUAAUUCUCGCUGGUGCUGAGUACGGAAGUGGCAGUUCUCGUGAUUGGGCUGCCAAGGGACCGAUGCUCCUGGGAGUCAAAGCUGUGAUUGCCAAGAGUUUCGAGCGUAUCCACAGAAGCAAUUUGGUGGGGAUGGGAAUCAUUCCUCUCUGCUUCAAAGCUGGUGAGGAUGCUGAUUCGCUCGGCCUUACUGGGCAUGAGCAGUACAGCAUCAACCUCCCUACCAACCUCAGUGAGAUCCGUCCUGGCCAGGAUGUGACUGUCACGACCGAAAAUGGGAAAUCCUUCACCUGCACCCUUCGCUUUGACACUGAGGUGGAGCUGGCGUACUUCAACCAUGGAGGUAUUCUCCCCUAUGUCAUCCGCAACUUGGCACAGAACUAAGGCAGAUUAUACCGAUUCACCAGUGACAGCAGAUGGCAGGCUCGUCACCCCCACGGGGUGUACGGCCUGGUUGGAUGUAGAGUUUUCGCUAUGGAUCUCAGGGCCUUUGUCUAUUCAGUCCUAUCAAUAAACUGUGAAAUAAAAGCCGGAGGCAGCAGGGACCACCAGCGGGUGUGAGUGCUGAUUGAUUAGCUUUGCCUGCUGUUUGGUUACAAUGAUGAACCGUGUUGCGGAACAGACUGUCCUGAAAUUCCUGUUUCACAGACAUGUAGGGCGCGCUGUAAAUGAUUUCGGUGCUAGUACCAUGCUUGUGCUACAUUGCUUAUGCUCUGUACCGAUGUACCAUUUGGUAUUUUGGUGGUUUUGAAUCACAUUUAUGCUGCUGGUACAGAUUCCUGUAGGUAAUUGUAUGUUUGGUUUAUUUGUUGUC